CGUAAAAAUCCAUUUGUGCCAGUGUUGUCAGAAGAGAAGUAAACUGUUAAUGCCAUUCAUACCCCAAACAGCUGUAGUGUUGGCGUUUUGAAAUAUGAUAGUAGUUGUGCUCGCGGCGUCUCCGCUCGAGCCGGUACAAUUUAACAACAUGGUGGACGUCGUGUAGGCUUUGAGGAGCCAGAAGAUGAGUUGAUCCCCAGCCAAAACAAGCUCGAAAAAUGGCAACAUACAACACCGAAGGACAUGCUGUUGUGGUGGAGGUGAGCCCAGACAUCCAUAUAUGUGGCUUCUGCAAGCAGCAGUAUAAUAAUUUCGAGGUUUUUCUCGCCCAUAAGCAAAAUGGAUGCUCCUUACCAGCAUCUGAAACAUCAGCCUCUACUGCAACAGCCACUCUCACAGAUUCCCGCACUGAGUUUGUUUUCGAGGAAACCUUCCAGACCUGUGUUAUGAGAGGUGUCAAAAAGAUCCUGACCAAAGCACAGAAAACACCUUCCAAAAAAUUAAAACCUUCCCUGACUUCAAAGAGACACAGCUGCUGUUUCUCAGGUUGCACUUUUAAGACGCAGUAUGGCCAAAAAGACAUGGAGCGGCAUCUCAAAACCCACACCGGUGAGAAGCCAUUUGAAUGUGAGCUGUGCCACAAGCGCUUCAGUCGUCGAGACAAGCUCAACAUGCAUAGCCGCUCGCACACAGGCGAGAAGCCGCAUAAAUGUAAACAUUGUCCCUACGCUGCAGCAGACAGCAGCAGUUUGAAGAAGCACCUGCGUAUCCACUAUGAUGAACGGCCUUUUAAAUGCCAGAUCUGUCCUUACGCCAGCCGCAACUCCAGCCAACUCACCGUCCACCUCCGCUCGCACACUGGGGAUGCGCCUUUCCAGUGCCAGCAGUGUGACGCAAAGUUCAAAAUCAACUCAGACCUGAAGAGGCACAUCCGGAUUCACUCUGGCGAAAAACCUUACAAGUGUGACUUUUGUGAAUACCGCUGUGCCAUGAAAGGAAACCUGAAAUCCCACAUUCAGAUCAAACAUGGCACUGAGAACUCCUUCCACUGCGUGCACUGCGAUUUCCAGUGUGCCAGCAAGAAUGCUCUGCGGCAACACUCCCGAGAACACCAACCCAUCCAGCCCAUCCAGUGUUCCGAGUGCACUUACUCCUGCACCAGCAAGGGGGCGCUCAAGGUCCACGAGAGGAUCCACUCAGAGGAGCGCCCCUUUAAAUGUGACUUCUGCAACUUCGCCACCAAGCAGCGCAGCAACCUCGUCAUCCACAAAAAGAAGUGCCACUCGGAUAAGCCUGAAAAAGGCAGCUGCGGGAAAGGUGGCAGAGGUGGAGGAAAAAGCGGAGCGGGUGAGUCUCCGAAGCCCGUCGGCUCCAGAUACCGGGCCAAACUGGAAGCGGCUCGAGCUUUCUGCUGCGACUCGUGCAACGCUUCCUUUGUGAGGGAAGACUCCCUGCGGAGCCACAAGAAGCAGCACAGAGACACUCAGAGUGUGUUGCAGCUCCAGCUGUCCCCCCCGGCCGACACAGUCGACUUGGUCACAACGUCGCACAGCACCACCCGGCUUGACGUUCCUCUCUCGUCUGACUCCCUGGCUCCUUACAGCAGUGCACAGCUCAAAAUCAUCGUCUCUCACCCUCUGGGCCAGGAGAACCCCUUAAGUCCAGCAGGUGUGGAUAGUCAGCAUAAAACCAACAUGGUGCUGCUAAGCCCAGAAAACCAGGACAUGGUUGUCAACUCCAUGAUCCACCAGGUCAACCUGCUCGCGCCUAUGCAACCCCUCGGGUCGACCGCGGAAGCGACCCUUGAACCCCGGACAGUCCUGCUGACGCAGCUCGGCCCCGACGACACCAACGGCCCGCUCCACCAGGCCCUGCUGCACACGGCCAUCGCCGCUCAGGACACCAGCGGCGGCUCGCAGACUUUCAUCACAACCUGCUCUGAGCUGGAGGGCCUCAACGCCUUGAUCCAGGAGGGGGGCACAGAGGUUACAGUGGUGACAGAAGGGAUACCCGCCUUGGUGACCACGGCAAUUCCACCCGAAAUGGUGUGUGGUCCAGCGGGGACGGUUAAGGCCGAGGACCGUGCCUUACGCCGUGAGGGAAGUGCGUUACUGGUGCCAAACAUCCGCCUGGGCAGCCAGAAUGUAGUCAUCCACGGCGCUCCGCUGAUGGCGUCCACUCAGCCACAGCAGAGGGCAAUAGAGCAGCUCCCUCCUCACACACUCUACUCAGACACACACACGCUGGAAGGCCUCCCACAUUGAGCGUUGUUGUUUUUCUGAAUCUACCCAGACUGUAACUGCAUCAUAAGCUAUUUCUUUGCCAGUAAGAACUCUUCGCCCUGACGGUUACGUACGUGCGGGCCAUUAACUGUAACUGCUUCUUUGUUUUUAGCAAUCGACCACUGAAGUAACAACGUUGUUGACGUCGGAGACAUAAACUGUUUUAGUUUUCAGAUUUUAGAAUAAGUAAUUGUUGUCGUAGCACAGUGUGAAUCCAGAAUGUCGUCAUGUUUAACGCUGAAUAACUGUUGAAUAUGAAUGUUAGUCGGGGUUCCCACGUGCCUGGAAAAACCUGGAAAACAGUCAUUGAAAGUGUUGAAAUUCAGAAAAAUGUCCUGGAAAAUGAUUUCAUGUUCUCCUAUUUUCCUUUUAUCUAUACGAGCUCCCCAAAAACGGAUAACAUUACCAUCUGAAAGGGCUAAGUUAUGUUCAGGAACAUAUUAACCUGCAAAGGGAAGUUUAUGGACGAGUUGUGAUGUUUGAAAACGCUGUGAACACAACCCCCAAGUCACGUCACAUGGCAGCAGGUUGGAUGACUUGGAUAUUGUUGAAUUAGUCAGCAUGUUCGGUCCAGUUGCUAAAGUCGAUGGAUUAGGUUACAGCCAUAGACUGCACGAAGAAUCACUCUUCCACAGAGAGGAACAUAUCCGUGUGCGGUGCGAGUGGGAACCCUGUUAAUCAUUCGGACAUUUCACAUUCUCUAUUUUCAAGGGUCAUUAUUUUUGGAGGCAUUAAAAUAACAUAAAAACUAAACCUUAUCUUAAACGUAAUUAUUUAAUUGAAAUAAGGUUUAUGUUCAGGAAAUAUCUUCAGAUAUUCAAAAUACAAAGAAUAAAGUGUAAUACAAAUGGAGCUUGAAUGAAAGUCUUUGUGCCGUGCAUUUCUCCGGAGUGUCCAGCAGGGGGCAGCAGAGGUGUGUGUGUGUGUGUGUGUGUGAAGUUCACUCGCAGUGUAUUGAUUCUACAUAUUCUGUAUGUGUAGCUUCUUCUUUUUCUUUUUUUUUUUUUGUAAAUGAACGUUUCAAACAUUCACGUCCUCGUUCUGAAUCUAGGAAGUAGAUGUCAUUUGUAGAAAACAUUACACUUGCAUAUCAAGGUCUUACUUUCUAAAAGCCAAGUUGCUCUCCCAAUAGAUUUUUCAAUAAAGUGCCUGUUUUGCUUGUG